UGCAAGAACACCGUCAUCAAAAAGGGAUAAAAAAUCUCUUAAACAUAAGAAUAUUCUCCACUUGAAAAAGAAAAAAAAAACAGAGAAAAAUAUAAAGUUUAUUAUCCGUAAGUGUUUGCAUUCGUUAAUUUGUGUUUCAUUUCAUUCCGAUCCCGCUUCGUUAGAUCUAUCUGUUGCUUCCAUCAUCAUCACAAUGGUUCUUCACAGAGAACUCGACCUUCUCCUUUCUUCUCAUCUCACAGACCCUACCAGAGGAGAUGGUGCGAAAUCCAAUUCGAUAUCAAUUGAAAAGAAGAUUGAAUUUCUGGAGAGCAUAACUGGGAAGGUCACAAAUCGAAGAUCUCGUAGGUGGUUAAAUGACCGUCUCUUGAUGGAACUAGUUCCGCGUUUAAAUGCAGAGGAAAUUAGAGGCUUGUUUGCUCCACCACCUUGGGGUGACGAAGUUCCACCUUCAACAUUUUCCAGGACUAAUGUGGAGGAGUGGGACAGAUUCAGGAAUAUAGACAUGGAUAAAGAGGUUAAUAUAAUUCAUGCCUUUGAAAAGUCUUUAGAAAAAAGGAAAGGUCACAUUGAUGCUGACAAGAUGGCAGUGUUAAAUGGUUGGCAUAGAGUUGGUUGUAGUACAAGAGAGGCACUUCGCCGCAGCUCUCCUUCUGAUCUCAUUGAGGGUUAUGAGGAAUGUCUACGGGCCUUCAUAAUUGAAAGCACGGAUGGAGAUGUUCUUGAACUCAGAAUUAAGGAUCCUUUUCAUAGAUUGUUGCUGCAUGGAGUUUGUGAGUUCUACAAUCUGGCGUCAGAUACAGUGUCCGAUCUGAAUGGUAAGGAGGCGUCAAAGAUUACCAAGAUAAAGAAAAAGAAACGGGGUUCUCCUGAGCUCUCAAAGAUCACUCUGUCCCAUUUUCUGAGAAUGUCCAAGGAAGGAAGUUGGUAAUUUGUUCGGGCAGAGCUGUUGUCCAUUGUCCAUACAAUAAACCUUAACAUUAUUGGAUUAUCUAUGAACUAAGAAAAACGAUGUUCAAAUCUAGUUUAUUUAAUCUUUUCCAGAACAUCUCUGUAAAUUAGUUCACCCACCUGUAUUUUUAAUUGGUUGAUACCAUCAGUGAAUCAACAAUAAGUUGUUGAUUGGUGGUUUACAUUGUUGUAGCUGAUUAAAUAAGAUUUUAAUAAUUAUCACAAGGUUCGAUUAUCAGAGAUA